AUUCAACUGAAGCUUCAAGAAUUCCGAGUAGCUCGAAACUUACCAGGACGCAACGUAACGAGUAAGGAUGCAGGUGUAUUUGCUGUACUAUAUAACAGUUUAUCUAGGUAUCAACCAUGCACUGUGCGCAAAGUUUGACGAUAAGAAGUCAUUACAAAAACGUGCAGCACCAGCUAGUCUAUUAUAUUAUAAAGACACAAAUUCUAAUGUAAGAAUUACUACACCUGUACCAUCCUUGACCGAAGUCACUUUUUGUCUAUGGAUGAGGUCAACUAACACCAAUGAUGGUACUAUGGUAUCUUAUGCGGUACCAGGUAGUCACAACGAGAUGGUUCUCUUCGACUACGAUAAUCUGGCUUUAUUCAUCAAUCAAGAAUUUAGAACGAUAAAUCGUGUUGCUGUCAAUGAUGGUGUGUGCCACCAUAUCUGCGUGACAUGGGCAUCAGCGACUGGUCGAUGGGAGGCAUUCGUUGAUGGAGUAUCAGUUGGAAUUGGUACAAUUUCCAAAGGAAAACCGAUUCAGGGAGGUGGUGUUCUAAUACUGGGCCAGGAGCAAGACAGUGUUGGUGGAGGUUUUGACCCAUUUCAAGCGUUCAUUGGCCGAUUGACGGGAUUCAACCUGUGGGAUUAUAUACUUACCAACCAGGAAAUUAUUGAUAAACUUGAUCAGGGCAAUAUUUAUGCAUGGGACUUUAAUCUUCUUCUAAUGCAGGGAACCGAGGAAAUAAGAGAUGAUGAUAUAUGUCCAAAUGUAAUAUGUUAUAACGACACAGAUUCUAAUGUACGAAUUACUACGCCUGUACCUUCAUUGACUGAAGUCACUUUCUGUCUAUGGAUGAAGUCAACUAGCACCAAUGACGGUACCCUGGUUUCUUAUGCAGUACCUGGUACUCACAACGAGAUGAUUUUGUAUGAUUAUGGUUAUUUGAGAUUACUCAUCAAUGGUAUUUAUAGAUCGACAACUGGCGUUGCUGUCAAUGAUGGUGUGUGCCACUACAUCUGUUUGACAUGGACGUCGGUUACAGGUCGCUGGCAAAUAUUCGUAGAUGGAGUGUUAGUUGGAUCUGGAAAAGUUUCCGAAGGAACACCGAUUCAGGGAGGUGGCGUUCUUGUACUGGGUCAGGAUCAAGACACCGUUGGGGGAGGUUUUGACCCAUUUCAAGCGUUUGUUGGUAAAAUGACGAAAUUCAACCUGUGGGAUCGUGUGCUUACAUACCAAGAAAUUAUUAAUAAGCUUGACUAUGGCAAUAUUUAUUCAUGGGACAUUUCAACCCUUUUGAUGCAGGGAACUGAGAAAAUCAGAGAUGUGGAUAUAUGUAGUGGCGCUGUUACAUGUGAUCCUCAUUUUACCACAUUGGAUGGUCAUCAUUACAGCCAUCAAGGCGUCUGCUGGUACACCCUGGUGAAAGACAGCUCAAACUCUAAACCAGAUUUCGAAAUCACUGCUAGGUUUGAACCACGAGAAGAUCGUCCCAAUGGAGAAAUAAGAACCAGAGUGGUAGCUCUCAAUAUAACAGUAGGGGAUGACUGUGCCGAAGUGGACAGACUCGACGUCGUUUCUAAACAUGCAAAGGGAGCAGCGUCCAAGAUACAUAUCAUUCAAACUGAUAAAAACAUUUUACUAAAUUGA